UGUAACGCUCGGAGCUAUAAUGAGAAACCCAUUGACUCCCAACGACCUCUCGCUCUCUCUUCAAUAAAUAAUCAAUCCCAUAAGACAAAAGAAACCCAGAGAUAAACCACCAAACUUGUUACACAGCUAAAUCACAAAGCUCUUUGUUUUUUACCUUAUUCCUCUGCUUUUCCACAAUGUCUUGGAUUCACUCUGUUUUCUUCCUAUUUCUGGUUUUCCGUUGGUGCAUCGCCGGAGAAUCAUCAGCGGAGGUAACUGAUGACGGAGCUCCGAUGGAGAUAUCAGAUAGAGAAGCUCUUUACUCAACGAUUCAAGGGUUUGUUGGUGAUUCUUGGAAUGGCUCUGAUCUUUAUCCUGAGCCUUGUGGUUGGACUCCUAUUCAGGGUGUUUCUUGUGAUCUCUUUGAUGCCUUGUGGUAUGUCACGGAGCUAACCCUAGGUCUUGUUCAUGAAAACUCGCUUUCUUGCGCCGCAAGUUUGGAGAUAAAGCCACAGCUGUUCAAGCUCAAGCACUUGAAAUCUCUCUCGUUCGUCAACUGUUUCACCUCGUCUUUAACAAUACCCAAGGGAGAUUGGACAAGCUUGGGAAAUAGCUUAGAAUCUCUAGAGUUUAGAUCCAAUCCGGGUUUGAUUGGUGAACUUCCUGAAACAUUUGGAAGUCUCACAAACCUCAAGUCUUUGGUGGUUCUUGAAAAUGGGUUUAAUGGAAAGUUACCAAUGAGUCUCUGCAAUCUGUCGAGCUUAAAACGGUUGGUUCUUGCGGGAAACUUGUUCACCGGAACGAUUCCAGAUUGUUUCAAUGGGUUUAAAGAUCUAUUGAUCUUGGAUUUGAGUAGAAACUCUUUCUCAGGGACAUUGCCUUCGACGAUUGGAGAGAUGGUUUCAUUGCUUAAGCUUGACCUAAGCAAUAACCAACUAGAAGGGAAGUUACCACAAGGAAUAGGGUUUUUGAAGAAUCUGACAUUGUUGGAUGUGAGGAACAACAAAAUCUCUGGUGGGUUUUCUCAAAACGUUGAAAAGAUUCGAUCUUUAACAGAUCUGGUUUUAUCAGGAAACCCAAUGGAUAUUGAUGACAUGAUGGGGAUAAAGUGGGAGAGUAUGGGCAACUUGGUAGUUUUGGAUCUAUCUAAGAUGGGUUUAAGAGGUGACAUUCCUUAUGGUUUAACCAAGCUGAAAAGAUUGAGGUUUCUUGGUCUGAACGACAACGAGUUAACCGGUACAGUCCCAUCAAAAGAGUUGGAGACUUUGCCUUGUCUUGGUGCUCUGUACAUCCACGGAAACAAUCUAACGGGCGAGCUUAGAUUCUCAACGAAGUUUUACGAGAAGAUGGGGACAAGAUUUAAGGCUUCGAAGAAUCCGAAUCUUUGUCAGUACGAUAUGGUGUCAGAAUCUAGUAACUACGUGCCUCCACUUGGUCUUAAGCCUUGCAAGAUGAAGAAAACAGAGGGUGAUUUGGUAAUUAUGCAAACUUUCAGAAACCUUAAGAAAGAGGAGUCAUCAAGUUCAUCAAUGUCUUUGAUGGUUACAAGACAUGUGUUGUCAAAUGGGUUGAUGUGGGAUUUGCUUUUGGGGCUUUCUCUUAUUGUAUUAUUGAUAUAAAUAUGUUUUUGAUGGUUUGAUGCUUUGUAGUAUCGAUGUGUUGGUUGAUAGAUUUUGAUGUCAGUCACUUAAGAAAAUCAUCAAAUCCUUUUGGAUGUAACAACAAGUCUGGUUCCUUCUCUCUAUGUCUUGAUAUAAAACAAGUUGUGUAUGUGUUUUCUAUUA